GAGUGAUGAGAGUCAGCACAGUCUUUAGAAACGGUCUCUAUCUCGCGCACGUUGCACCGAUAUGAAGCUGAAGGUGACAGAAACUUUUGUUCGCGUGUGGCCCCAGUGGGCCACCUGCGUGACAGUGACCCUAUUGUCUAUCAGUGUGGGAUUGAAGAUCGGUUGGACGUCCCCUUACCUGGCCCAAUUGACCAAAGAAGACUCGCCACUGCGCGUGACCGAUGACGAGGCGACAUGGAUAGUCUCCCUGCUUCCGUUCGGACGAUUAUUCGGCGCCAUGCUUGGCUACCUCGCUAUGGAAUAUUACGGCAGCAAAAGAACUCUGUUAAUCUCGGGUGUACCUAUCAUGAUCAGCUGGAUUUGUAUAAUAUUCGCCAAUUCGGCUGUCUGGCUCUACGUAUCUAGACUUUGCGCAGGUAAAUCAUCAUUGCUCGAUUUCCCAAAUGCGCCGAUCAUUCCUACAAUUUUCCCAGGUAUGUGCUUCGGCAUGUUCUACGGUUGUUUCGCCAUGUACAUGGGCGAGGUGGCGGCACCUGAAAUUCGCGGCGCCCUGGUAAGCACGAUAAUAAAUGGACUUCCGUUCGGGACGUUGAUCGGGAGCAUAAUGGGCAGUCAAGUGUCCAUGAUGUGUUUCGGGCUUGUAAGUCUGGUUUUGGCCAUCUGCUUCAUGAUGAUCUUCCCGCUGUUGCCUCAAUCGCCGCAUCACUACGUGCGCAACAAUAAUUCGAUCGAGGCGAGGAAAACUAUUCAAUGGUACCAUCGGAAAUCGAACGUGAACGCGGAACUGGAAGUGAUCGAGAACUUUGUGCGAUCCUCCGGAUCGAUGAACUUCCGCCACAAACUCAAACAGAUCACGGAGAAGAAGAAUAGACGGUCGUUGAUUUUGAUCAUCUUUCUGUACAUCUUCAUGCAACUCAGCGGGGUAAACACCGUCACGUACUACAUGGAAAUUAUCAUCAGGAAGGCGAAAGUGACGAUACUGGAACCGGCCACUAUUGUGAUUAUCGUCAAUGGAAUCGGUAUAGCGGUCGGCUGGAUCAGCGUGUAUCUGAUCGAUCGAUACGGCAGAAGGGUUCUCAUGGCGGUGUCAUGCGGCUGCGUAAUCAUCGGAAUGGUGCUACUGGGAUUACACUUUAUGUUAUUGGAACAGAAUUUCGACUCAAAAAAUCUGGAAUGGUUGCCGAUCCUGGCCAUGAUAUUUUACGUGAUGAUAUCUAUCGGUCUGAUACCAGUUCCGAGCACUAUACUCAGCGAGUUUUUCCCGGAUGAUUUAAAAAGUAUCGCUGGAUUCGCCGUGAGCAUCACAUCCGCGUUAUUCGCGUUCGUCUCCAGCGCAACCUAUCAGCCGAUGAUCGAUCUCACGAGCGAAAAAUACGUUUACUGGAUGUACGCGAUGGUCAUGAUUGUGUGCAUGAUUUAUUCGUUUGCGGAAAUACCGGAGACCAAAGGGAAGACUUUGCAGGAAAUACAAGAGAUGCUACAGGAGAGGCAGAAAGGAAAGAAAAGUUCAAAAGAGAAAGAGAUAACAAAAGCAGCUCGAUAGCAAAUUGUCUAUAAAUUUUGUAUGAAUAAAAUAUCGUAUAAAUAAUUAAUGAUCUCAAUAAAUGCUUUUAAUUACUCUCGUUA